AGAGGAAAACUGAAACAAUAAACUUUGUUUAGAUGAAAUCAAUGUUGAAGAAGUUGAAGCAGAGUCUGAGAUCUGGAUCAUCCGAGAGAAGAAAGGAAAAAGAAAAGAACAUUCAGGAAGAGAAGUGGUUCUUGGACAACGGAAGCAUCUUCUUGAAAGAACUUAUAGCUGAUUGUAAUGGUAAGUCUAUUCCUAUACGCAGCUUUUCUUCUUCCGAGAUCCUGCAAGCCACCAGUAACUUCGAUUCCAGUUGUUUUGUAACCGCAGAGGGGUUCUACGUUUGGUACAAAGGUAUCAUCGAAGAUAGAUCUUACAUGAUCAAGAGAUUCUCCGAGUAUAAAGUUACACAUUACAGAGUAGCAGAGGUUUACAACGAAAUUGUCCUGUCUGCUCGGAUGAGCAACCACAACAACUUUCUUAAACUAUCAGGACUUUGUCUCCAGUUUAGUCUUCCGGUUCUUGUGUUUGAAUAUGCAGAACAUGGAGUUUUGAAUCACCGAGGAGGUGUUACCAUUAACGGUGAAGACUCUUUAUUGCCUCUGAGUUUGCGGUUGAAAAUUGGAAAGGAGAUUGCAAAUGCUCUGACUUAUCUUCACAUGGCGUUCCCCAAGAUCCUCAUACAUAGACACAUUAAGCCAAGGAAUGUUUUUCUGGACAAGAAUUGGACGGCAAAGUUGUCUGAUUUCUCCAUCUCCAUAAACCUCCCUGAGGGGAAAUCAAGAAUGGAAGUUGAAUGCAUCCAGGGAACAGUCGGGUACCUCGAUCCUUUAUACUAUACUACGAAAGUGGUGACGGAAUAUACCGAUGUGUAUAGCUUUGGAGUCUUCUUGAUGGUUAUUCUCACUGGUAAACCAGCCCUUGCAUCCACUAGCUCUGAUGGAGAUUACAAACAUAUUGCUAGCUACGUGAAAGGCUUUCAUGAGAAUGGGCAGCUCGAUGGACUAAUAGAUCCGAAGGUGAUGGAAGACAUUACAAGUGCUCAAAAAGUGCUUGUGGAAGCAUGUGUGGUGUUGGCGCUAAGAUGUUGCGAGCUGAGAGAUGACAACAGACCGAAGAUGAUACAAAUAGCUAAAGAACUCAAGCAGAUUCAGACAUUAUUUGGAGAUCCUAGCUAGAAAUCUAUAAACUAAAGUCUCAAAAACAUUUCUUAAAAUGUCAACGGUAUGAACAAAUAGUCAACGGCGGGAAAUGAAACCGCAAAAAGGUGUUCAUCUUGUGUUGCCUACUUGAGCUGAGAUGCUGCGAGGAAGAGAAGAAGAAAGUUUAAAGAUGAUCCAAGUAGCUAUGGACUCCAGCGGAUUGAGACAUCAUUGAAAGAGUCUAGCUAAAGAGGUUUCUUUUGUGUUCUUGGAGUGUGAAGUCAAGAGUUUGAAUAAAAAAAUUCUACCUGAAGUGUGGAACUCAGAUUCGUUACAUAUAGGAAUUGUUCAGAAAAGCUCGGAGAAACAUAUGACGUGAACUUUGACCUUGUAUGAGUGUAGUGUGCUUUUUCUAUAUAUGCUUGCACUAAAAACGCCUGAAAAGAAAUAUCAUCUACAGAUACAUACAUAUAUCUAUGUAUCUGUGCAUUUAUGUA